AUGGUCGCCGCGGAACCGAUCCCGAUCCCAACGGCUGUUGAGUCUCGGGCGGUCGAGGCUCUAGUCCGUCAAAAGCCAUCGUUCGACGAGUAUCUGAAAUGGCUCGAGGAUCAGGGUCAGAAAACCCCGGUAAUUCCUCCGACUCACAGCAACCAGGCGGUCGACCAAGGAGCAGAGGCAGCGAACGUCGCGGCGGCGACUGCAGGGCCGAGUGGCUCAACGGUGGAGGCGGCUGUGUGGAGAGCGGCGGAAGAGGCCGGCGGGGUGGACGAAGAGAUCCUCGCCAGCAUCGUGAUGCCGGACCCGGAAAUUGAGGUCAUGCGGGAAAAACUACAAGCAGCAGCUCCUACCGUGGGAGCGCAACAGGGUGCACCAGCCGCCUCGACUGCUCCUGCGGAGGACCAUAGCGCGGCUGGCGCCAAAUCCCCCCCGGCCACAACCGGUGAGGUCGGCAAUGGGAAGCAGAAGCGCAAGGGCAAGGACAAGGCGAAGGGCGGCCCGGCGAAGGUCGGCUCUUCCAAGGGGACGUCCAAAGUGGCCGCGCAGGGUCGGAAGGGUUCAGGCGUCCGCGUUGACCCUUCAAAUGGGCUGGCCGUCUCGGAGAUGAAGUUUGGGAAGAAGAGCCGUUACAUCUGCCGGUCGAUGGACAAGUCCGAGGCCGCCUACUGCAUCGCUGUCGCCGUUUCGUCGUUCGACGGCUUCGUCAGCGACGUGGUUCUCGAGGAGUUCGGUGGGGUCAAGGAGGAAGUGAUGGCGCAGUAUAUGGCGGACUGGAAUGUGGCGCGAUUGAUUCCGGGGGGCAUGUGGAUGGUCAUGUGGAGCCGAGGGGCGAACGUCUUCCGCGACAGGAUAACCGGAGCCGACCGCGCAGCUCUCAUGUUGGCUCUUCGCCCGGCGGUGUGGUUCGGCGACCUUCCGGAGUCGACCGAGCCCGAGAAGGCCGCGAAGAAGAAGGUGGCGAGCGACAUGAUCGCACGCGUUUCGAUAUGCGCCGCCUUCGCACCGGUGGCCGCGAAAGUGACGCCCAUUCCGGGCGUCGGGUCGGAGCGGUUGUCCGAGAUCCUCGCCGGUACUGCGGCCGCGGUGUGGUAUUUUUCGGAGACCAAUGCCACGGCGGAAGUAGCGGCCGGCAAAGGGGGGGCGGCAGCGACCAUGCGCGGAGCGUCCAACGAGUUCGCGAGUCGGUGUCGGACCGUCAUCGAGGCGGUGCUUCAGCGGGCGGCCUCCCGGGUGGUCGUCGUAGGGGAGGUCGCCGAAACGGUGACGAAGGACCUGCAGGCGGCUGUGGUGAGGUCGCUGCCUGAGGUCGGAGAGGAGCACGAGCACGACGAGCUGAUCACCCGUGUCAUGAUAGAGAACCUCGCCUUCUGGGGGGACUGCAAUGUCGGAGGCCCGAAGCUCAAGGCUCGCGGCGUCGAUUUGCCUAUCGACCCCCAGAUGAAGAUUAUCAUUCGGGACAGGGGGGCGAGGGGGCAGCAGCACAAAGGGAAGCAGGUCGCCGACGCCUAG